CUUUCCCUCCGACAGAUCCUGGCCAGAGAUUUAUUUCUCUUGACAACCAAGGGUCUCUGUCUGGAUUUCCAAGGAAGACAUUUCCUUUGAAGCACCGGUUCCUGCCAGAGGAUCCAUGGCGGGAAAAGGGCAGAGGUCAUCGGAGAAGGUCGGGGACACUGGUGCGGGGCGGGCAGGAGCCGCCUUAUAACCCAGCCCGGGCACCCCUGGCUCACUCGCUGCUGACCAGGCUCUGCCGGCUUCUUCAGCCUCGCCGCAGGAACUUGCUACCACCAGCACCAUGCCCUACCAAUAUCCAGCGCUAACCCUGGAGCAGAAGAAGGAGCUGUCUGACAUCGCUCACCGCAUCGUGGCCCCGGGCAAGGGCAUCCUGGCUGCAGAUGAGUCCACUGGGAGCAUUGCCAAGCGGCUGCAGUCCAUUGGCACUGAGAACACCGAGGAGAACCGGCGCUUCUACCGUCAGCUGCUGCUGACAGCUGAUGACCGGGUGAACCCCUGCAUCGGGGGCGUCAUCCUCUUCCACGAGACACUCUACCAGAAGGCGGAUGAUGGGCGUCCCUUCCCCCAAGUUAUCAAAUCCAAGGGCGGUGUUGUGGGCAUCAAGGUAGACAAGGGCGUGGUCCCCCUGGCAGGGACAAAUGGUGAGACCACCACCCAAGGGCUGGAUGGGCUGUCUGAGCGCUGUGCCCAGUACAAGAAGGAUGGCGCUGACUUUGCCAAGUGGCGUUGUGUGCUGAAGAUUGGGGAGCACACCACAAGCGGCAGCGGCGGCGGCCCAAAGCGGAGGGAAGUAAGGAGGCAGGGAGCGCCCCAUAACCGGAACCGGAGUCGCAGCGGCGGUAAUAAUGCGAGACCCCUCUAG